AUGGGUGAACGAAGUGGGUUUGGAGUUCCCAAAGGGCAAGCAAGGCCUGGCGGGUCUCUGCCUCCCGAGCCCAUUGACAUCAUACGGAUCAAGGCCAGGUCCCGGAGGGUCCGCAUCAAUGUCGGGGGCCUCACCCACGAGGUCCUGUGGCGGACCCUAGACAGGCUCCCGCGCACCCGGCUGGGCAAACUCAGAGACUGCAACACCCACGAGACCUUAAUGGAGAUCUGCGACGACUACUGCCUCAACGAGAACGAGUACUUCUUCGACAGGCACCCCGGUGCCUUCUCCUCCAUCUUGAACUUUUACAGGACAGGGAAGCUGCACAUGAUGGAGGAAAUGUGUGCGCUGUCCUUCGGCCAGGAGCUCGACUACUGGGGCAUCGACGAGAUCUACCUGGAGUCCUGCUGCCAGGCGCGCUACCAUCAGAAGAAGGAGCAGAUGAACGAGGAGCUGCGAAGGGAGGCCGAGAGCCUGAGGCAAAAGGAGGGCGAGGAGGUGGACAACGGCUGCUGCCCAGACAAGAGACAGAAGCUGUGGGACCUGCUGGAGAAGCCAAGCUCCUCCGUGGCCGCCAAGUUCCUGGCCUUAUUAUCCAUCCUCUUCAUCAUCCUGUCGACUAUUGCACUCUCACUGAACACCCUACCAGAGCUACAAGUGAUUGACGAGUUUGGACAGUCCAAUGACAACCCCUACCUUGCCCAGGUGGAAGCAGUUUGCAUUGCGUGGUUCACCAUGGAGUAUCUGUUACGCUUCCUCUCCUCUCCCAACAAAUGGAAAUUCUUCAAAGGGCCCCUGAACGUCAUCGACUUGCUAGCCAUAUUGCCAUACUUUGUCACCAUCUUCCUGACCGAAUCCAACAAGAGUGUUCUGCAGUUCCAGAACGUGAGGAGGGUCGUCCAGAUAUUCCGUAUCAUGAGAAUUCUCAGGAUCCUCAAGCUGGCCAGGCAUUCGACUGGGCUUCAGUCUCUGGGUUUCACCCUGAGGCGGAGCUACAACGAGCUGGGCCUGCUCAUCUUGUUUUUGGCAAUGGGCAUCAUGAUCUUCUCUAGCCUGGUGUUCUUUGCCGAGAAAGACGAGGACGCCACAAAGUUCACCAGCAUCCCCGCGUCCUUCUGGUGGGCUACAAUCACCAUGACAACCGUGGGUUAUGGUGACAUCUAUCCGCAAACCCUCCUGGGUAAAAUAGUGGGCGGGCUGUGCUGCAUCGCCGGCGUGCUGGUGAUCGCCUUGCCCAUCCCCAUCAUCGUCAACAACUUCUCCGAGUUCUACAAGGAGCAGAAGAGGCAGGAGAAGGCCAUCAAGCGGCGCGAGGCCCUGGAGCGCGCCAAGAGGAACGGCAGCAUCGUCUCCAUGAACCUCAAGGACAGCUUUGUGCGCAGCAUGGACCUCAUGGACGUCAUCGUGGACAAGCCGGAGGAGAAGCCGGCGGUGGCCGACAACCACCUCUCCCCCAGCCGCUGGGGCUACCAGAAGCGCGUCAACUCAGACCUGACGGAGGCCAAGUACCAGGAGGUGGCUCAGCUGGGCUCCCCGCAGCGCAGUCCGCAGCGGCUGAACGCGCGCAAACUGGAGCAGAUGUACAACCAGAUGACGGCGACCGGCGCCAGCCCACAGCACCGACCCGAGGUGUCCGGCGGCGGGGGCAGCGGCGGCUUCCCCAUCAAAGAGGAGGCCAUGGAGAUGAUGGUGGUGCAGCCCGCCACGAGAGUCACGGAGAUCAAGAGCAUCUCCAGCGUGGACAGCUUCACCAGCUGCACCACGGACUUCAGCGAGGCGGAGAGGAGCGCCCUGCAGUCCCAGCUGAGGCACCCGCGCGCCCCGCCGCCACUCGACCUGACCAAGAUCUCGGCCGUGGAGAAGCGCGCGGCCGAGAAGGCCAAGCAUCCCACCAUCAUCAAGGAGGGCCUGUACGAGUUUGUGCCGUGCAACCCCGAGGCGACCGGCGCGGCAGCAUCACCGCCAGCAGGGGUGCAGCGGGAGGAAGCGGAGGGCAUGAGGAGCUCCAUGCGGCCGCCCAGCCUGGUGAAAACCAAAGGACUGAAGGUCAACUUCACCGAGUCCCCCGAGGAGGGAUCCUCCAACCUGCACCUGGUGGUGACGGAGGAGUCCGUGCCGCUGUCCCCUCCCCUUGGCGCGCAGGAGGACAGCCCCCCGAUGAGCUACCGGCAGGUGCACUCCCCCGAUGCCGUGCUCCGGGGCAGCUCCCCGCGGCACAGCCCACGCUCGCCAGGCAGGAGCUUCGCUGGGGUAGGGGCGGAGAGCUCACCAGGCCUGGGCCCGUCCGCGGAGGGCUACCGAGGGAAGAACCACCUUGACCGGGCGGUGGGCUCUCCGUCCCCUGCCUCACCGAAAACCGCAUCUCCGAAUCCGUUGUCCCCUAAGCCCACCUCCCCGAAUCCAUUGUCCCCAAAAUCCCCGAACUGUGCUCCGGGUGUGGGAGCGGGUGCCCCUGCCAUGGAGGGAGUGGCCGAGGGCAGCCAGGGUGGACAAAAGGCAGAGAACCACCUCCUGUCUGGGGAGGGUCCUCUCACACCACCUUGUGAAACCAGCAUGUAA